GGCACGUGCUGCGGCUGCGCGUACAUUUGAAAAUUCGCGAACUCGAAAUUGAGGUGUAACGUUUGAACGAUUAGCGGAUUAGUAGCUGUCUAGCAAAGAACAUCACCAGAACCACAAUGGGACGACCAAAAAGGACGACCAAGCAACGUAAAAACCCCAAGUUGGACAAGUUGGAGGCGUUUCUCGAAGAUUUCGAUAGCGAAGUGAAAACCAUCGUAGAAAGGCUGAAUGAACGGAUAAACAGCCUCCUGAAAGAUGCAGAUAACUUAUACAACAUUGCUUUGAUCAAACUCCCCAAGGCAGUGAGACAAAUGAACUGGAUUGAAUAUUGUGAGGCAGAGAAGGCAAAGUCAUCUGUGUCCCUGGUGGAGAAUGCUACGAAAGAAGCAGAGGCUGCGAAGGUUGAGAGUGUCAUGGCUGAGGUCCACGUUAUUCCCCCCAAGACUGCAAAAAAAGCCUCUUCAAAACGUGGUGGAGCCCGGACAAGCUCGGGGGACGAGGAGAACUUUACUUCGGCCACAGUGAAGAAGGGUAAAUCUAAGAAACCACCACCAACAUCAAAGAGGACCAGAGCACUUUCAGUCAGCAAGCAGAACUCAUCCAUCAGAAAGUCCAGUCGGAAGCCGAUGAUCACUCCUGCCAGGAACAUGCUCGACAGUUCCCUUAUGGGUCCUACCCCUCUUAUCACACCACGCUUUGACUCGAGGCUUCCCAAGACCCCAGCGGUGAGGAUACCCCGCCACAAAGAGAGGGUGUACAGCAUCUCAGUCAAUGGCUCCCCCAUCGCUGGCGGCAGUGACGACGUCAUCAUCAACGUCCCUGUGGGGAACGGCGAGUGCAUUCAGCUGCUAGCCAGUCAGAUGGACACAUUGGACCUCGGACAGUUGGACGAGACGGCCAUAAGAAGCAUCCGUCUGCUACAGAACCGCCUCACAACACUGUGUCAACCGUCUUAAUAUAGAUGGUAACAAUUCAAAAUGUUUGGUCUUUUCCUCUGUGUAUUCAAAUGUUCCAUUUGUGUAUUUCUCUUCUAGUGCGUAGUUUGGGUAAUGGCUGUCAAGUCUGCCUCGUAGUUGUCUUCUAUCUUUGUGUAUUUUAGUUUUAAUCAUUUAUUCCAUCAUUUCAUUCAACAAUGCUGUUAAUUGUUGAGACUAUGCUUUUAAUUUUUUCCUCCAGAAAUGCUACAUUCUCUAAGGGAAUUUCCAAGUCUGUGGUAGCGAUUGUAAAUUUGAGCAAAAUGACCUUAACUGUGCUGGUUCAGUGUAACUUGUUUUGAAACUGUGUGCCUGUCAGUGAGAAUGUUAGUCAGUGCUACAUACCACUCUGUCUACCCUCUAGUGGUUUGUCUGGGCCAGUUCAACUUGUACUGUACGGUAUGAUGAGACAAUGCCAAGGUUCAUGCAUUUACAAUAUUCUGUAACAUCUGAGCAAUGUAAAUAUGUAGGUUUUUAUAGUAAGUAAACUUACAAUUCUCA